GCGCACCGCACCCCGCGAGCCCGGUACCCUAGCGGAUCAGCAUCUUUUCGAUAGUCCCCCGCCUGGCGGUAGUCCCGGGUGAGCUGCCUGGAGCCGGCGUACCCGCCCCGAGCGCGCCGCCGCGGCCGACUCCGCCCCCUUUCGGCACGGGCCGCGCGUACCCGCAGAGCCCAGCCGUAUCACGAGUGCGCGCAUUGCCCGCGGAGCCGCAGUUAAACUGGUCCGAGGGGGACCUGGCGCUCCCCCGGCCACGGCGCUGACUGAUUGAGCCGGCGAGCCGGGCCCGGACUCGGACUGGUCGCAUAGCCGGCAGGCUUCCUCCCUCCCUCGCGUCCCCAAAGCUCGCUCCAUCGUUCUCCCGGCUUUUCUGGGCAAAGCAUGUAGCCCCCGUCGGGCGCCCGGGCAGCCCGCACCUGACGCCCACCCCCCACCGUCGCGUGUGUGCCCGUGUGUGUGUGUGUGUGUGUGUGUGUGUGCGCGCGCGCGCAGGUCGGGCGACCCUGCCGCGGGCCCGAGGCCGAGCCAGCGAGCGGCCUGUCCCGCUGCCGGGAGCCCACAUCUCCGGGCCUCCCUCCGUCCCUGUCCCUGUCCCCGUCCUUGGGGCCUUCUAUAUGGGCCACCUUCUCUCGAAGGAGCCGCGUAACCGCCCGAGUCAGAAGAGGCCUCGCUGUUGUAGCUGGUGCCGCCGCCGCCGCCCUCUGCUCAGGCUGCCCCGCCGAUCCCCGGCCAAGGCGCCCCCUCAACCGGCGGCGCCCCGGAGCCGGGACUGCUUCUUUCGCGGGCCCUGCAUGCUCUGCUUCAUCGUGCACAGCCCCGGCGCGCCCGCCCCCGCCGGCCCAGAGGAGGAGCCGCCGUUCUCGCCGCCGCCGAGGGACGGGGCCUACGCCGCCGCCGCCGCCGCCUCCUCGCAACACCUAGCGAAGCGCUACGCGGCCCUGGCCGCCGAGGACUGCGCCGCCGCUGCCUGCCGCUUCCUGCUGUCUUCGGCCGCCGCCGCUGCCGCCGCCGCCGCUUCGGCCUCGUCGCCUGCCUCUUGUUGCAAAGAGCUGGGGCUGGCUGCUGCCGCCGCCUGGGAGCAAGAGGGUCGGAGCCUCUUCCUGGCCAGCGUGGGGCCCGUGCACUUCCUGGGGCCUGCCGCCGCCGUGCAGCUCUUCCGGGGACUGUCGCCGCCGCCGCCCGAGUCCCCUACUCCCCCAGAGAUGGUGUGCAAGCGGAAAGGGGCCGGGGUCCCCGCUUGCACCCCCUGCAAGCAGCCCCGCUGUGGUGGCGGGGGCUGCGGCAGCGGCGGCGGCGGCGGCGGGGGAGGGCCUGCGGGGGGAGGAGCCUCACCGCCACGGCCCCCCGACGCCGGCUGCUGCCAGGUCCCAGAGCAGCCCCCGCAGCCGCUCUGUCUCCCGCCCACCUCUCCCACUUCCGAAGGUGCCCCCACCGGGGCAGGCGGGGACGCUGUCCGAGCUGGGGGUGCUGCCCCCUCGCCCGCCCAGCAGCAUGAAAGCGGCGACGCGGACUGUCAGGAGUCCCUCGAAAACCCCUGCGACUGUUACCGGGAACCGCCCCCCGACAUCCCAGACAUCAACCAGCUGCCGCCAUCCAUUCUGCUCAAGAUAUUUUCCAAUUUGUCUUUGGAUGAGCGUUGCCUUUCUGCAUCAUUGGUUUGCAAGUACUGGCGUGACCUUUGUUUGGAUUUUCAGUUUUGGAAGCAGCUGGAUCUUAGUAGUCGUCAGCAGGUCACUGAUGAAUUAUUGGAAAAAAUUGCAUCAAGAAGUCAAAAUAUAAUUGAAAUCAACAUUUCUGAUUGUCGCAGUAUGUCUGAUACUGGCGUAUGUGUUCUAGCAUUUAAGUGUCCUGGACUUCUUAGGUAUACAGCCUACAGGUGUAAACAGCUUUCUGACACCUCUAUUAUUGCAGUUGCCUCUCACUGUCCUUUACUUCAGAAAGUGCAUGUAGGCAACCAGGACAAACUUACUGAUGAAGGACUCAAGCAGCUGGGCUCAAAAUGCAGAGAACUCAAAGAUAUUCAUUUCGGCCAGUGUUACAAGAUCUCAGAUGAAGGCAUGAUCGUCAUAGCUAAGGGCUGUCUGAAAUUACAAAGAAUAUACAUGCAGGAAAACAAAUUAGUGACAGAUCAAUCAGUGAAAGCAUUUGCUGAGCACUGUCCUGAACUACAGUAUGUUGGCUUCAUGGGUUGUUCAGUAACUUCUAAGGGAGUUAUUCACCUAACCAAGCUAAGAAACCUUUCCAGCUUAGACCUACGUCAUAUCACUGAACUGGAUAAUGAAACUGUGAUGGAAAUUGUCAAGAGGUGCAAAAAUCUUAGCUCUCUCAAUCUCUGUCUGAACUGGAUCAUAAAUGACAGGUGUGUGGAGGUCAUUGCAAAGGAAGGACAAAACCUGAAAGAGCUGUAUUUGGUGUCCUGUAAAAUCACAGAUUAUGCACUGAUUGCCAUUGGGCGAUACAGCAUGACCAUAGAGACUGUGGAUGUUGGAUGGUGUAAAGAAAUUACAGAUCAAGGAGCCACCCUGAUUGCACAGAGCAGCAAGUCUCUGAGAUAUUUGGGGCUGAUGAGAUGUGAUAAAGUCAACGAAGUGACGGUGGAACAGCUGGUGCAGCAGUACCCCCACAUCACCUUCAGCACCGUCCUGCAGGACUGCAAGAGGACCUUGGAGAGGGCCUAUCAGAUGGGCUGGACCCCCAACAUGUCUGCUGCCUCCUCCUAACGCUCCUGCUCAUGCUUAGGUCAACUGAUCGUUCAGCAAGCAGAGAGAAUUGUAGGUUUGGGGUGGGUGGUCUCUUGGAAAGGUUUUAACUGUCACCUGUUUGUGUGUAUACCCGAAUGUAUAUAUAUGUGUAUAUAUAUGUCUCAUUUGCAUACUGCAUAGCGUAAGCUCAAUUGCCGUUUGUUCCCAGGUGAGCUGGGUUUUUUCUUAAAAAUUAAAGAUUUUGAAAACCACAAACCUUUCAGUUUUAAGUUUGAGGGCUUAUUUCUCUUUAAAAAAAUAAGGUAGAGUUAAAUAAUUUGGAUGAAUUGUCUUGAGCUUCUAAUUACUGCCACUUGGAGAUACCCAAAAAAGAAAGCAACCACAUUCUUUUUUUUGAUGGGAUAGAAUUAGGCACUUUUGCUGGUUACAGCCAGAACAGAAUGGAAUCCAGUACUUUUAGAAAGCACGCACACACACACACACACACACACACACACACACACACACACACACAUCAGCCUCUCACAUCCUCUCGUAUGCAAGUGUGCUUACGUGUGCCUACACAUACACACCAGGGCAGUUUCUUUCUAGAUCAUUUCAUGACAGAAGGACCCUCCACCAGGCCAUUGAGGGAGCAUUUUUUCCUCUGGGGCUGUGUCUAACUCGGGGUAUCUACAGGUGACCAGCUUUCUAUCUGAUGGGCAACUUGGAGACUAGAGAGAAUAAAGCCUUUUGUAAAUGUUUGAUAUGGAGACAACAAUCUGAACUCCCCUGGCCAGCUCACAAGAGUUCAUUAUUCAUUGUUCUACAAAUGCAUUCUGGAGUAUGAAACAUUUUAGUUGGGUUUUACAUUAAAAUUGGGUUAGCUUUUAUUUCAUGGGUAAUAACUGGUCAGGAUGUGUUUUAGUAUUUGGAGAUAAUCGUAGCAUUAUCCACAUUGAAGCCACCAGUCCAAUUGAUGGUAUCAGUCAUUUUUUAAAAUCUACAGAUCAUCUAAUUAUUUUGUUAAUUUUGGUAAUUUUGAAAAUAUUUUUCUGAGAUUUGAGAGUAGGCACAUUAAUAGAAGAUUAAUGAGAGAUAUAAGUAGACAAUGUUUCUAAUGUUUGUUUUUUUUUUUUGCUUUGCUUUGGAAUUUAGAACAGGUUACUUGGAUAUAUGCAUGUUAUCAUUAUUUGAAUAGUUCUUAUGCUACUGCAGAGGAUCUAUUGCUGGCCAAUGUUGGCCAAUGUGUGAGUGAAGAAGGAAAAUUAUAAAACCUGUCCAUUAAAAUUCUGUUUAUACAUGUCAGAAAUAAGCAUUUCUUUGUGUAAUUAAAGAUUGCCAGCUUUUGGUUAAGCCAAUACCUAUCAGUAAGUGAACAUAUGUUGAUUUCACACAUCUUUACAAUUAAUUCAUAGUAGGGACUCCAGCUCAAAUAACCUUUCCUGUGUCUAUAUUUAUAAUAAAGACAGCAGGGAGCCUUUUUAUGCUAAAGAAUAAUUAUCUUUCACAGUAGAGCUAGAAACAAAACCCUGACUUGUAAAUUUGCUAUUUAUUCUUUCCUGAUGUGGACAUAACUCUUAUUGGAUCUUUAACAGAUGUACUGAGUUUUGAGUUUCAUUUUCCGUUAAGUCCGAAUAUUGAUAAAAUGAUAUUAGAUGUGAGAAACAAAAGAUAGCUUUACAUUUGAAUUCCAUUCACUUAUUUAUAAUGACUUCUUUUUUGUAAACAGCUGUUUCCUUUGAUUAUGUCAACAUGUUUCUGAUGUAGCAGUUUUUGUUUUUAAUCCAAAUCAGUUAGGAAAAGCUAGUUAGUCAAGUACCAAGGGUACUUUUUCCAUAACUAUAAAUGGGUUACUAAUUUAAUUUGAAGGGAUAAAAUUAGUGUAAGAAAAAAUUAAUUUACCAUUGAUAAACUGUAUUUCUUCUUAGCCAUUAAACUAAGACAUUGAACUGUAUCAUUUUCAUAUUCAUUUCCCCACCAAUGAAACAUAUCUUAUUUCACAAUAUUUUAGCUGGUUUUUAAUCCAAAACUAAUUUAUAAGAUAGUAUGUAUAGUAAUAGUAGCUUGAAUGAAUAAGCAAAAGUUUAAUUUUUAUAUAUGUCACACUAUAUAUUUUAAAUAGUUAAAAAAAGAAAGACAAAAGAAGGGAUAGCCAUCUAUGAUCCAGGUGGUGCCAUUUCAAUUCAAAGUUGUAAUAAUCUUUGGAGUGUUACAGUUUGGUUGUCAAAUGGUUUCAGAAGUGUAUAAUUGAUUUUUUUUAAAUGUUGUGUUGUUUGAAUCUAAAGUACAGCACUAUAACAUGCUUUAGCUUUGGGGCGUGGGUGGACUUAUUCUUUAAGAUGUUGACUAAUCCAGAAAGCCUGAUGCAGCAUAACCUGGAAAACUGCUUUGGUACAUUUGUAGAAAUCAGUGGAACUAUCAUACCUGGCCUCAAAACAUUAAUCUCAAAAAACAACCAGAAAAGACAUCACCUUCUGUCAUCCAGUGAUGGUUGUUGUAUGUGUUCUCAUUAGAUGCUUUGAAAUGAAGCUUAAAAAUAUUUUUUCUGGGCAAUAUAGAGUUUCCUUUUUUGCUUAGGAUGUCAUAAAUACAUGUGAGCACAUUUAAUGCAGGGCUUUUUAUCCUCUCCAAAAUGUCAACAGUAUUUUCAGAAUAAAGACUAUGAAAUAUAUUGCUGUAGUGGAAAAUUCUGGUCCUUUGUCUUUAAUGUCUUUUUGAGUGGAUAAAGAAAAUUCACCCAGUUUGUAGUUUCUAUAUUUCUGUGAAUCUUUUGACCUUGCAGUGGGUUGCAAUAAAAGAGAAACAAAA